AUGUGUAAAAUACAAAAAGUGCUUGAUUCUGCAAUUGAAAAAUACAAUGAUAUAAUAAAAUCACCUUCUAUUUAUAAUAGAUUUAAUCAAAAUUGGUGUAUAGAACCUACAAUGAGACAUUAUUGGGCUGCUUCCUUUUUAUUACCAGUCGGAUCUAUUCUUAUUCUUGCAAUGGUUGUUUUGUUAAUGGUAUUGUUCAAACGAUGUCCUCAUAUAAUAGCCGCGAUUGUUACUGCAAUGCUCAUUAUCAUUAUCAUAUUAACAAUUAUAUUGUCACUUAAUAACGAUCCAGUUUAUACUUAA